AUCAGUGCUUUGUAUGACGCUUGGUUUGUUGGUUGUGUGCUAUUUUGCUGCUGCCGCCGCGUCAGUGCUGGUAUUUACUGCUUGCUGAUGACGGUUCUAGCUAGUGCCUAAAACACUAGUAUUGCGGCGUCUAAUGUCGCGCGUGUAGUGUUUUAUAUAUAUAUUUUGUUAAUUUUUUUUAGUUUUUUCUUUUUGUUAAGUGAUGUGUAAAAGUGGAAUUUGCCGGUUAUGACGUUGUGGGGUGCCCGUGCCAGGCCACUAUCUAGGGCCAUGGGUACCGGAAAAGCUCUAUCAAUAUCCUCAAAUAGUUUUCAAAGGUUUUGUGAUGUAAUCCGAAGCUUAAUUGAUGUGAAGAAUCCAUAGGUGCUAAGUUAGAACAUAAGACAAUGAGCUGAAUUUUCCAAAAAAAAAAAAAACUAAAAUAAAGUAGUUUAAAAAAGUACAAUACACUCACCUACACAUAUUAAAUCCUCACAAAAAUCGCCAAGCAACAACAAAAACAACAAACAUCUACGAAAAACAAAGAAAAGGGAGAACUUUUUAUAAAGAACUGAAUGCAUCAGGGAUAACUUAUUUAAAUGGUUAAAUUUUAAUCACUUUGUUACCUUAGUUUUAAAAACUAAACAAAACAACUUAAGAAGCUAGUAUAAAAUACAAAGAGUUAAUAAGCAAAAAUACAAAACAAAAUAAAAGAAAGGAAAGGAGUGAGUGGAAUAAGUAUUUUGUUUUAUUAAAAAAAUAUAUAGAUAAAUCAAAGAAGCAGUAUUCUUUACGAAAGUGACUGCCAUUCUUGAAAACAAAAGCAUAAAACUAUAUAAAAUGUCCAAAUAUUAUACCUCGAACAGCAGUAGUAGUAACACAUACAAUGCCAAUGGAAGCACAACGACACACUCUCGAGCCACAUCACGGCAUCAGCAACAAUCUUCUUCGUCAUCAUCAUCAUCAUCAACAGCAGCAGCAGCAGCAUCGUCGGCGACAACAGCAUCAGCGAAUUCAGCUGCGCGAAAGCUGUCAUAUGAGACCGCCUCAACAUCAUCAUCAUCGUCAACAACUGUCGUCACAAAAUCCCAUAAUAAGGUUACAGUUUCAUCGUCAGGAAGAACAUACCUGGAAAUGGUUAGUAACAAUGGGAAAUCAACAGUGACGGCGACGGCAGCGGCGAUGGCGUCUACAAUGAAAGCUAAUCAGCAUAGUAAUGUCCAUUUGCUUGACCAUGGUUAUGGAGCAACAAUGGAGACGUUUACAGGAAAAUACACCACACCAUCCAGUAGGAAUUCCGAACCACAUAUAACAGAUUAUUAUAAGCAAGUGAAACGGCGACUUCCGAAUGCAGAUAGCAGCAGUGCCUCAUCGCCUCAUCCUUCAAAACAAGCGAAACACAGUAGUUCUCAUCAAACACCAUACCAACCUACGACAGUUCAUCAGCAACCACCACCACCACAACAACAACAACAACAACAACAACAGCAGCAACAAUCAUCAGCACACCAGCAACAUCAGCCUCCUCACCAUCAACGUCAGAACGCUCAUAAUAGAUCAACAACGAUAACAACGACCACCCACAAUACCUCCGCCCGCAAUUCAUUAGCAGUUGCAGAAGCGGCAGCUGCAGCCGCUGCCUCAGCUACUGGUAAGAAACGCUCAACCGAUGGUCGUGGAGACACCUCACUUGGCAUACUAACGAAACGGUUCGUUGAUCUGCUGCAAGAAUCCCCUGAUGGUGUCGUCGAUCUAAAUGAAGCAUCGCAAAAAUUGUCGGUAUUGAAGCGCCGCAUCUAUGACAUAACUAAUGUCCUCGAAGGCAUUGGUAUCCUUGAAAAGAAAUCAAAAAAUAAUAUCCAAUGGAAGUGUGGCAAUUCGCUGGUCAGUGCCGAGACAUCGGAAGACAUGCAAUUAGAGAGCGAUAGACUCGAGCAAAAAGAAAAUCAUCUCAACUAUCUAAUCAACCAGAUAAGAGAUGAGCUGAGUGUAGAAAUAUCAAAGAACUCACAGCAUUCUUAUGUAACGCACAGUGAUUUGAAGAGUGUUGAGCUGUUUAAGGAGCAAAUUAUUAUUGUGGUCAAGGCACCGCCCGAAGCCAAGCUUGUGCUUCCUGAUUCGAGAGUGCCCCGUGAAAUUCAUGUAAAAGCUGAAAAUAAUGGCGAAAUCAAUGUGUUUCUAUGCCAUGACAAUUCACCCGAGACCUCACCCAAUUUUUCAAAUGAUCCUCUUUUCAAUAAUAUUAAUCGUUUGACACCGGUGAUUGAAAGCUCAAGAAAAGCACGAUUAGGAGGUCUACUCACAUCAACAUAUCCAAUUCGUUCGGCACAACGAAACUUAAGCAAGUCAAUCGAAGAUGCUGCUACAGCAUCUGAAAUUAGUGGAUCUGGAAAUGGUGUAGUAGACGCAGAUCCGCAUUCAAUGGCCGGCUUUGGUGAUAUUGUUAAUAAUUAUAUGGGCUGUGGUGACUUCAAUAUGUUCCCUACCACAACAAAACCUGUUCUAACUCACAUAAGUUCCCAGUCUCAACUCUCAGAGAAUAAAACAAGUACAGAACAACAAUUGAGCAAUGAGUUUUACAUGAAAGAGGAGCCGCAAUCGUCAUCGACGAGUCAAGCGGAAGAUAAUAUUGUGAAUGAUGUGUCGGUUAUAGACAAUACCGGUGAUGGCAGCAGCAAUGUUGUAGGAACACAUUUAACAGUUGGAAAUAAUGGUGGAGUUUUAGGAGGAGUUAGAGGAGGAGGAAGCAAUGGCGUUGGUGGUGUUGUUACGGGCGGAAGUUGUACAUUAGUAGAUGUAUCGCCGCCGCGCUCCACCGACUCUAGUGAUUCAAAUAAUACGCUUAGUAGUUGUAAUAAUAAGUCAGGCCUUAAACAUGACGUCGCCAUGGUGAAUUGUUCAAUGAGUAGCAAUGGCAGCGACGGCGGGACUGUUAGUUGUGGCACACAAAGUGCUGGUAAUGUUGGUGGUUCUGUUACUGGACACCAUCAUAUGCACAAUACUUCUAGUGAAGAUGAUGACGAUCAUAUACACAAUCAUCAUCAUCAUCAUCAUCAAAGUCACCCGCAGCAGCAUAAUGAGGAGCUGCAGCAUCAGCAUCAACAACAGCAACAGUCGCAGCACCCAUUAUCGGUAAUCAGUGAUAGUAGAAACAGGAUGGGAGUGACGCCAUCGUUGCUCGGUAAUAACAAUAAUAGAAAGAGCGUCCGGAACGCUUUCAUGACUGAGUCGAUCAAUUUGAGUCCGUCGAAUCUGUUGGGUGACGGGCAAAACUAUUUUGAUGAUUUUCCGCCCUUCCUGCCAAUCGAACCGCCACUCGAUGUUGAUUACAAUUUCGCCUUGGGUCAUUCUGAAGGCCUUAUGGAGUUAUUUGAUGAUUUGGUAACUUACAAAGGAAAAUGAAGAAAAAAAAUUGUUUAAAUCUGAGGAUUUUUAAUUAGUUCUAAGUUUAAAACAAAACAAACAAAAAAAAACAUUAAAUAAUAACAAAGAGAGAAACCUUAAUAAACAGGUUAAAAAAUAAAAUCAAUUAUGCAUGUGUUGUGUGUAAAAACAAAAACAAAACAAACAAAA